CCGCCCUCCCUCAUGAUUCUAGGGGACAACAUGACCGUGUUAUCAGCCUUAUUUCGGCGGCAGUUAAUGAUGUGACGAUGUGUGGAAGCUAUAAUUAUUUUGUAAAAAAAAGUCCGUUGCAAUUGAACAAUCUGGAUUUCAUGGCUGACGCAAAGUAUAGAACAUAAGGUCAAGGAAGUCAAGGAAGUGAGGAAGGAAGUGUUGCGAUGGGGGGUCUAGAAACUGGUUCAGGAGUUAAUGGGCUGAAAAGACAACUUGUCGAGAGUUCACAUCAUCAGAAGAAGCCUUUGUUUCAUAUUUGGUUCAAGUUCCUGCUCCUGCUUUGUCUCGUACUCUUUGGCUUGGGUUAUACUCUGUCAAGCAGCUCUGUGUCAAUGUGGCAGACGUUUCCACUCUAUGAGCACUACUACAGGAUUUUCAAUUGGACCAGUAAAGUUAACGCUCCUCCUUCUUAUUACGUUCAUCCAAAACACAGGGUUAAACAAAAUGAAAUCCAUGAAAACAUGCAACCACUUUCUAUACUACCUACUGUAGCACCUUCAGGUACUCAGUACCACCAAGGCUACCCACGCAACUACCACUUUAUUAUGGAUAACCCAGAGGUGUGUAAAACCAACACCCCUUUCCUGGUCCUGAUGGUUCCAGUCGCACCAAAUAACAGGGAAGCUCGGGACGCCAUCAGGCAGACAUGGGGCAAAGACACUGUGGUUCAGGGCGAGGUGGUGCUCACUCUGUUCAUGCUGGGCCUCCCUGGAGGAGCUGAUGCUGGGCAGCAAAAGGAGAAGCUCAACCAGGAGAAUCUUGAGCACCACGAUCUGAUCCAGAGUGACUUCAUGGACACUUACCUCAAUCUGACCAUCAAAACCAUGGUGAUCAUGGACUGGCUGGCAACCCGCUGCCCUACAGCAGCAUACGCCAUGAAGAUUGAUUCUGACAUGUUCUUGAACAUUGACAAUCUGGUCACUAUGCUGCAGAAGCCAGGCAUUCCUAAGCUGAACUACCUGACAGGGAUGCUUAUGUGGAACAGGCCGGUUGUCCGUACAAAGAGCUCUAAGUGGUAUGUCUCUGAGGAGUUGUACCCAGAUCCCACGUACCCGACCUACACUCUCGGCAUGGGAUAUGUCUUCUCCAAUGAUCUCCCAGAGAAAUUUGUGCAGGUCUCAAAAUCAAUCAAACCCUUUAAUAUAGAGGAUGCUUAUAUUGGAAUGUGCAUGAAAAAGUUGGGACUUGCACCAACAUCACCGCCAAAUCCCUCCCAGUUCAAGGCUUAUAACACCAAAUACAAUCGCUGUGAAUACUCCAAGGUCAUCACCUACAUUCUUGGUUCUUCACAAGAGUUGAUAAAAUACUGGACAGACUUGAAGAAGCCUGAACCACCUUGUUAGGACAAUGACUACUACAGAUGCACAGAGAAAUCACUUGGGUGGAAAGGGUUGGGUGGCGGAAUAUUGGGAGGUUAACUUAUUUAUAGGUAUAAUUCUCAUACAUCCUCAUUUCAGAAAUGAGAAUUAAGAUUUGGAAAGAUUAUGUUUCUGAACAGCUGCACAAUAGAAAUGGUUAAUUUUUUUUGACUUUGGUGUAGGUCUAUUUAAAAAUCCUAUGGGUUGUCAACAAAGACAGUUAUGAAGUGUUUAUAUGAUCUGAUGUGAAGUUAAAUGGAAAUAUGAGUGGAACCAAAGGUACCCUGAGGAGCUUUUUGAUGUGAUGAUUUCUAUAUUGUUUAUGUCUUGGUUGUACCUGCAUAUGCUAAAAGGCAGACAUGCAUGACACAAGCACACACUACAAUGCCUGAACACACAUUGCUAGUAAAUACAGGAUGGAGUGAUUACAGAUUACAGCAUUAUAGAGUCAAAAAAAAAGAAAAAUAAAUAAAAUAAGAGAGGAAGACCUGUUGAAGCUAAUGCAACAAAUGCAGGUUUAGAGUAGGUAAGACUGCAGUAAUUGCGAGGUAUGACCUUUCAACGCAUUUGCUAUGUCUUAAGGCUACAUAUUACAUUUCGAGGAAGAAUGUUGUGUAUAUACUAAAAUGUGUUUACAAUUAAUACUCCUAAGGGUAUGUUUUAGGUUACAAAGGAAAGAAGCCACUGGUGUAAAGAAAGAAAGGUGUAAAGAUUAUUUUCCUGUUGUUUUGCAGAUUAAUGUAUUUUUUAAAAACUUAAUUAAACAACUAAAGAAGCCAACCUACAGAAUGCUCUCCUGAAACUAAUUUGUGAUUAAAAACUAUGACAGUAUACAGUGGCAUUGAAGUGAUCUCUUCCUAACAUCACUACAUUCAGAUGUACACAGGUAUCCUGGUUCUGAUCAGGUUUUUGCAGUAUCUGGGUUAUGUGUUGUGUAUGUAAGCACCACACAUCCUGCUUUCAGAAACCUGAACAGUGUAAGAAUUAUGUAUUCAUGUUUCUCAUGUUCCAUGUUAACUCCAUAUCUUAAAUAUGAUAAAACCAGGAUACGGCUAGAAAUGUACAUGUACUCGAUACAAGAGGCCAAAAUCCAUUGCUUGUUCUGUACAAAAGACUUAGCUUAGCCAGAUUAAGUUGGUAUUCUCCAAAGAUUUUGAUACACAGUUCCCUUUUUGUGUUGCUAUCCCUCUACUAAAGCUCAAUGAGGAAACACAAAGAGGGGUUUUCCACUAAAAGACUAACUUUGGAAGAUAUCCAAUUGAUUUGUUUAGUUCCUUGUUAAGCCUCCUAUUAGCACCAGCUAAAUUAAAAACACAUUUUUUGCACAGAAUGAGGAUUUUGUCCCCCUCUUCUUACAGCGGAGUUGUACGUUGGGUCUGUAUGGAGAGGAGGAAUGCUUACAUCGACCAAAAACUUUCACUUGAUUCUCAAGUGGAUGUUCGGAAGAAAUCUGAAUCUAUUCUUAGGGAAUUCGAGUACCGUACUUAAAAUUUGCCACUAUUUUCACUCCAUAGAGGUUGGCAAUGAGACAAUGACUGUUUUGGUUUCAUGUACUCUAAUGACACUAUAUACUUUACUUCACUAUAUAUUUUCACUAUAUACAGUAUAUACACUUGUAUAUACACUUUGCAAAUGAUCUGAGACUCUACACCCACAUUACUUAGAACUUAGAACAGGAUGCCAUCUCCUCUUAUCUUUGUAGGGAUAGUAUUUACUGCUAUUAGUCCAUCCACUCACUCCUCUUUGGCUGCAUGAAGAAAUAAGCAUUUUAAAUGCCCUGCAAAAGCAGAAGGACAAUAACAAGGCCAAAAUAACGAGCUCAAGGAGAAUAUUUUUCUCUAUAGAAGUCUAUAGUGCAGUUUGUGUCUCUCUAAUUUUCUUCUAACCAUCCUUAAAAUCUACAUCCUUACACUAUCAGGGAGGUUUACUGUGGCUGUGGUAUAAUCAGAUGUAUCAUGCUCACAGCUUUUUCUGUGGCCUUGAACUGGAACAGCCAGUAAAGUUAUUUUAACUUAUGCCAACAGGAAUUUACAGGGAAAUCUGUCUCAUGACAUGACUCAUUCAGGAAAAUUGCACAGAGCAUAGAUUGCACAGUUACGAGGAAACUGUUACUGUUUUUUGUUUUUUUUUGUCUUUUUUUAUCAUUCAUUACUGGUAUAAAGUUACAACUGCUAAAACAUACAUACAGAUUUUGACAAAAGCUAAAAUAAUCAGGAAAUCAUUUGACAGACUGCACCAUGAAAGACAGAUUAAACUGGGAAGCUCAGGGAUAAUUGGGAAUAUGUUUGAAUAAUGUAGAGAGUGGCAUGUCACCAUUUGCCUUUUAAGGCAAAACAUACUGUUUACAUUUCCAAAAAUCUGCAGCAAUGAUGGUGCACUGAGUUAAGUGACUUGUCUUUGAGAGACAAGAUGAAGACGAUAUGAACCCUGACAAGCUCUGAACAGACUUUGUCACAGAUAGCUUGUGACACGCCACUUAACCUACAGGUAUGUGAUAUGCACAUCACUGUGUCAGAACAGGUCAGAGUAAAUGCUGUGGAGUCCUGAUUGAAUGCCCAUUUUUCAUGAGAAAUAUACAGGAGAAUUUGUUGAUAUUUCCCUCAAAUGCACAAGUUCCCUGUGGAUCAUAAAUACAGCACAAAUUCAUAUGUGUUAUCAUAUAGCUCACUUUUCUUUAACUGUUUUGCACUGCAUUAAUGAAAUGAUCAUGACUUUUUUCUCCUGCAGUUACAGAAGAUUAUUUUUUAUGUAAUCCUUUCAAAUGCAUGAUACAUCCACUGCAGGAUAUAGUUAACAUUUCCUUCUACAGUAAAAUAAAAUAUGUUGUGUAAUCAGAUGGAGUUAAAGGGGAUUUUUUAAAAUGUCCUUCAUUUGAUGAUUUUCCCUGCUUUGCCAGUUGCCUGCAAAUCUGGUUGAUACAGCAAUCUAUAUUUAAUUAUUCUUCUUUUUUUUUUUUUUUACUUUUAUGUCAUACCUUUACUACAUAGUAUAUGUAUAUGUGUGAGAAAGAUAAAAAAAAUGUACUAUUUAAAUCUUCAUUUAGCAUUGCUAUAUGUUUUGCCAUUACUGUUUCAUCAGGUUUAUACAGUCAUCAGGGUGUGCUGUUUCAGCUCAUCUGUUUGUGACAUUCAUGGACAAGAUAUCAUGUUGCAUUCAAGGUCUGAAGUGUCUAAUUUGGUGACACUCAAACAAUAUCACAGCUCUUUCUAGAUAAUGUUGUCCUUGUAUCUUCAUCAGACCAUGACAUUUGAAUCGCACUGUACAGUCUGCAGGCAGCUGAUGUGGUAGAAAAAAGUUUUUAGUAAAAAGAGUAUUGUUUCUGUUCUUCUUU